AUGAACUCCCCUGCCGUAGCAUCUCCGACCUGGAAGAAGGACCACUUGUGGCAGAUCCUGUUGGCGCUGGACUUCGACCCCGACAAGGCCGCGGCCGAAGCGGGGAAGCUCGCUACGCACACGAAGCUGGGCGCGAACAUGUUUGACAAACCUAACAGUGAUGCCUUUCACAUAGUUGCCUACUUUUUGUUUACUGCUCUGAAUCCAUCCCAUGCCAAAGAAGUCUUCAGAUUUUGUUGGCCUCCAAUAGACCGAAAAGCUGAUGUUGAAUUUCGGAAACAGUGCUGUGAGUGGUUGAAAAAAAUUUCUGAUGAAUGUGGAAGCAGCUUUCCUUAAGUUGUUGGUUCAUUGUUUCUUUUUCCUGGUGGCCCUAAAUUUGUUGAUCUCAUGUACUGUUUUGCAAGAUUUGUUGCAGCACAAUAUAUUAAAACCAACUCUGAAAGUUCUAAUAAUACGUACUUCAUAGAGACAUUUAAUAAAAAGUCUCAAGAGCCCUGUAAGUCCUUUACAAGAUGUUACAUAGGACGAACCAGGUUUUUACAAAUUUUACAAAAAGAAGAUUCUCUGAUUCGACAAUACCAGGAAAAUUCUCAAGCAUUAAUUAAAGAAAUAAGAGAUUUGAAUUCACAACAUACUGAAUUGCAAAAAUUACAAAAAAAGAACCAGAAUGAAGACCCAAGAGACAUAUUAGAAAAAGUUCAAAAGGUUCGAUUGAUGUGGAAUUCUGUGAUGGAAACUCUUACAUUUUUGGAAAAAGAAAGAGAAGUUGUUAAUUCGGUCAUUACAGGUCAUGUUGAUCAGUAUACUUUGGAUGGAGCUGGUGUUGCUAUUAAGGUUCCAAGGCUCUUACUGGAUAGAAUUGAAAAACAAAUGUGCCAUUUAUUUAUAGGAAACCUUUAUGAAGCUGGAAAAUUGAAUCUUUUAACUGUUAUUCAAUUACUAAAUGAAGCCCUGAAGAUUUUAAAAAAUGAACGUAGUCAUACUGACCAAACAGGAUUGACAGCAGACCUUAAUUAUGUUGAGAGAGAGGCCAGAGUUCAGAAAAUCACUUUAUCACAUGUGAAGCAAUUGAGGUAUAAAAUAAAACAAGAGGCUGCUCUUAUAAGGCAAUCAAAUGCUGAAAAACAAAGAAAAUGGAAUAAGAAGUGGGAAGAGUUCCUUAAUCAGGCUCCUUUUAGUCUAAUUAAAGAUGAGACGCCAGCCCUGGAUCUUUUACCAGCAAUGUCUCCUCUUUCAUUUGAUCCUGCUUCAGAAGAAGUUUAUGAAAAUAGUGUCUUCUAUCGAUAUCCCAUGUCACUUCCAGAUGCAUCUAAGAAGCAUACCCAAGAAGAUUUCCAUGGGAUGGAUGAUAAUGCAAUAAGAACUGAGGAUGAUAGUGCAAUAAGAACUACAGAUGAACUAGUGAACAGGGCUGCUGUCCUUCCAAUGCAGUCAGAUACAGUGUCUGAUAGUAGCAGUGUAAUAUUGCUUGAAAAGGAUAUGAAGACAAAGACUAUUAGAGAUAAAGAACAAUCACUUUCAAAAAACAAAAAAAAAGUCAAAAUGGACACAUCUCAAUCAUUGUCAGCUCAGAAGAACAGAGAGAGUUCUAUGCUUUCAACACCAAAGCUAGAUCCCUUCAAAAAAGAAGUAGAUCAUCUGGCAGAGGAGGUUGCCAAGGCAGUUAUAGCAGAUUCACCACAGCUUUGUGAAGGAAGAGAUGUAGAAUUAGGGACCUUAAUCAACCAUUUAUUUUCUAAUCCAUUUUUGACAAGGAAGCAGAUUCCAAGAACUCCAGAAGAUUUGACUCCUGAAAUUAGAAACUCACAAAGAGAAGUUUUUCAAGAUGAAGUUGAUCCAGAUAUAGAGGUGGCUCAAACAGAUGCUGUAUUAAGUGAUCAAACAUGUUUAAACAUGAACAGUUUUCUCUCAGGGUCAGUUUUUAGUAAAUCGUUCCUGCCUGAAGAAAAAGGAUCUCCAAAAUUUGGGCCUCAAGAGAAUAUAGGAACUAGUCACCUUGACCCACUAACAAGCAAAUGCACAGAAAUUUUAACCAAAGGAAUCCAGGAUCAGACCUCAGAAUGUUCAGCUUUACAAGAAGAUCUUGAAGAAAGUGACUAUACAGGAUCAAUUUUAUCUGCUGCAGAAAAUAAGAUGGAUGGAGUUAAUGGCAAAGAAGAGCAUGUUAAAAAAUUGAACUUCUCAUCUGCAUCUUGUAAAGAACAGUCUUGGGUGUGGAAUUCUAUGAUCCCGAAUGAAAUUAGUUCUAAUAGUAAUAAGGCUGUCCAUUUUGAUAUAUUACACGAAACCCUUCCAGAAGUAGCUGACAAUUUGAGUCUUAAUAGCUCCUUUAGCACAGAGUCCAUUGAUGAAGCAGGGCAGUAUAGUUCAGUGGCUAAUGAUGUCUUAAUGGAAGAGACAGAGAGAAAAAUAUCAAAUACUGAAGAAAGAACUUUGGAUUUUGAGGCUAUCCGCAGUAGAUUGGAAUCUCUUAAAAAAUCUGUAUAUGAGAAAAAGAAAGAGUUUUCUCCUGAAAUACACACAAAACAGGAUUCAGAAUUGGGCUAUACUUCAAAUAAUGUGGAAACAGAUGACAUAGUUCAUUUUCUAGGAGAUUUUCCUGCUCUCUGCACAGAAAACAUAAGACCAUCUCUACGAAUGUCCCUUGGUGAAAGAAAAUCUCUUUCACCACUUAUUAAGUUUUCUCCAGAAGAACGAAGACUAAGGCCCACAAAGCCAAACAGUAUUGGAGAAUUUUUACCUUAUAUAUUAAAGGAAGAAGACAACUUGGAUUAAAGUCUGAAGAAGAUGGAGCAGUUGCACAAUUAAAUUAUGAUGGAUUUAAAUUGAAGAUACAAUAUAGAAUAAAAACUGAUUUGUAAUCUAAGUAUCUUUUGGGAAGCCUUACUCCUGCAGAUAAAGGGAAAAAACAUUCUGGGUAGUAUUAAGACCUCAAUCUUGUAGGGCAAAAGAUAUAUAAUAUCUAGUUAGUGAAUUCUUUUGUCUUUUUGAAUGAAAAAAUGUAGGUUUUUUUAAACCAUUUGUAAUAAAAGGAAGUUGAAAACAAAAUAUAGAAUGUACAGAAUGUUAGAAUGUGAAAGGACUUUAGAGAUCAUUGAAUUUAAUUCAAUCUUCUCAUUUUAUAGAUAAGGAAACUGAGGCCCAGAGGGGUGAAUUAAUUGUUAAAAGACAUUUUGAUACUUUUUAGUGAACAGCUUGUAAAGAACAAGCUUUUCAAAAUUGGCAUAAAUAGUAGCUUGACUAACUUUAAAGGAUAAAUGGCAUGAGGAGGCCAUUUUGAAAUACUAUACUUUCCUCAUAAGGCAAUAGCAGUUGCCUUCAAUGUUACUUACAAUACAAUAUAUAA